AUGAAGGCACCGGAUGAGGACAGAGAAAGCAGCUUCUCAGAUAGAAAAUAUGGCGAUGAACAGUUGAGACCCUCUUCACCGUACAACGAAGAUGAAGACAUGAGACUAUCGUCGUUCAAGUCCCUCAGACCUUUCUCAAACUUCUUGGAUGGACAGAUGAGUGAUAGGUACAUCCCUAAUGGAAUUGAAAGAGAUACAAAGCAACCUCUGCUGGCAGGCAGCUCCCGCUUCAAGGAGCUGGACGAACUCUUGAUGCACAAGGAUCGUGAGCUAGAGGCGAAGGACCAGAAGAUUCGUAGCCUGCAAGCAGAGAUCAGAGAGUACAAAGAAGAGAUUCGAGCUCUUGAGCAGCAGAAAGGAUCGUAUCCUCGUUUCAUGGACCUUCCUUCCAACAUUCGCCCUGAAGAUGUAGAGGAUGCAUUCCGGCUACGGGCGACAGCUGAGCAAGCAGCAUCUGAGGGAGCCGACAUGUUGGAAAAGGCGCUUGAGAGUAUGAACUUUCUAAGCCUGCUCCCAUCAGAAUUGACGAUUGAAAAGUCGCGACGGCGAGAAGCAGAGGCGAGGUUGAUGAGCAUGAGUGAGAGUCCCCAAGCUUCUGAGCUGCGAGCAUCAUACGAGCGGCUGUCGAUGGAAAACAGAUUUUUGAAGGAGAAGAACGACGAGCUGAUGGCCCGGUCGAUGAAGGCAGAGGAAGCGAACAAGAGCUCCGCCUCGACAAGUGACGAGAUGUCGUCAAGCUUGGUUGACCUGCAGUGGGCGAGACGAGAGGUGUCAGAGCUAAGAGGCGUCGGGCAAGUUUUACAGCUCCAGCUGGAAGAGCUCAGGUCGGCCCUGUCUGAGCAGUGCAACCACACACAGAACGCGAGACUUGAAGUCGCAAGGCUGCAGGCAGAAAACGAAAUUCUCAGGAAGGAGCAAAUUUCUCGGAGCAUCAACUCCUUCCUUACCGUCACUCCGCAUCGGACUCCUCUUUCCGCCGCUUCACAUGCGGAUAGAUCGUUAGAGACCAGGUCUCCUCUGAGGACCUUCUCUCCGAUGGCACAAGUCGGCAUCAACCGAACACGCUCAGCGAUGGGCUCAUUUUCAUAG